ACCUUUGGUCUAUUGCAACGAAUUUGAACUUCGUUCAUGGCAACACCUGUAACUUAAUUUGUUGAUGUCAUUAGAGGCGAUGCUUAUCUGAAAGAGUUGAUUGUUCAAAUAUUUUUCUUAUGAUACAAACCAUUUUGCAAUACCAUAAACAGAGUCAUAGACCUAGUUCAGCUGUGACUUUUGUGAGUUUCUUGUGCACAGUUUUGUCUUGGAUGGAGCUAAUGAGCUAAUCCAGAAUGAAGCUGGAAGAAUUCGUUCCCCUUGUGGGCAACUUUGGUCGUUACCAGUUAUUUGUGGUCGUAUACGCUUGUAUGUUGUGCAUCGUCUGCUCCAUGGUGAGUUUUGGCAAUGUAUUCUUCGCAGCCGAAACGGACCAUUGGUGCCAAGUUCUGCCACAGGAGAAUUGCUCCAGCUGGGUGGAGUUUCAAGACAACUGCACGGACGUGAAAAAAUCCAUCCUCCUGCCUCCUCCAGAGAACGAGAACAGCAAGUAUCCUUACUCCACUUGCCAGCAGUGGGACCUGCCACCUGGGUACGAGUUCGAUCCAUACGAGCCACUCAGCGAAGUCGACAAUCAUACUUACGGUCAGGUGCCGUGCCAAGAUGGAUGGGAAUACGACAGAUCGCAGUACAAGACCACGACCAUCUCAGAUUUCGACCUCGUGUGUGACAAGAGAAGUCUGCCCAGCCUUGCUCAGGCGAUUUACUUCGCGGGAUUUUUGGUGGGAUCUUUCGUCUGCGGCUCUCUUUCUGACUGGAUUGGUCGCAAGAAAGCCGUCUUUGUUGGUGUGUUGUUUUUCGCCGUUGGCUCAAUCGUCACGACAUUUUCUGUGAACAUCUACAUGUACACGGCUUUCCGCUUCAUCGCAGGCCUCGGCAACAUUGGCUCUUUCAUCGCACUGUAUGUACUUGAGAUGGAGUUUGUUGGAAAGUCAUGGCGUACGCCGGUGACAAUGGCGAUGGGUAUCUUCGGUGCGUUGGGAUAUUUAUUUCUUGCAACGGCUGCGAUGUACGUCAGACAGUGGCGGACCCUCUCCUUGAUAAUCUCCCUCUCGACGCUGAUAUUCUUCUUCCCGCUUGUAUUUAUUCAAGAGUCGGUAAGCUGGUUGGUUUCUAAGGGAAUGAUCGACGAAGCUGAGGUGGUCAUCAGAAAAGUGGCCAAGAUCAACAAGAAGACGCUGCCAGACGUCUUAUUCGAUAAAGAGGACAUCAGGGAAGACAUGAAAAUGAAGGAGUCACGUGCUCUCCCGUCUGUCAUCGACCUGUUUAAAACACCCAACAUGGCGGUCAAGACCAUCAACAUGAUGUUCAAUUGGAUGGUUACAAGUCUGAUCUACUACGGCCUGUCACAGAGCACUGGUGAUCUAGGCGUGGACGAGUACUGGGCGUUCUUCAUCUCGGGAGCCGUGGAGAUCCCGGCCCUGCUGUAUGCCACGGUCGGGGUCGAAUGGUUCGGUCGCAAGUGGAACACUGCGGUGUUGGAGCUGAUAGGUGGUGUGGCAUGCUUGGCCACGAUCUUCAUCCCACUCGGUAUCUGGCGCACUGUGGUGUCCAUGGCAGGCAAAUUCUGUAUCUCGGCUACAUUUGGUACCAUAUACCUUUACACGGCCGAACUGUUCCCGACACCAAUCAGGUCUAUUGGCUUGGGCAUGAGUUCUCUCGCGGCUCGGAUUGGAGGCAUCCUUUCCCCCAUCAUUCUACUGUUAGGGGACUACUUGGAAAGUCUACCCCUGAUCGUGUUUGGAUCGAGCGCGGUUCUGGCGGGAUUCUUGGUGCUCCUUCUACCGGAGACGAAAGGACGGAAACUGCCUCAGACGCUGGAAGAGGGAGAGGAAAUAGGAAAAUUUCGAUGUAUGCGCCGAAAUGUCGACACCGUUGCCAACCACAAACUCGGUGAAAUCCAGACGGUCGAAGAGGGCGCUCUCGCCUUAUCAAACCUAGCCUUCGAUUCCAAGGCAGUGGAAGAUGAGGACAUAAAGAAAGUCCCCGGGAAUGAUCAGAUAUAAUGCAUCUUAAAGAUCUGUCUUUGGAUUUUAGCUUAUAGUUGCCCAAAUGACGGCGCUUUAAGGCGCCAUUUUUGUGCGAGAAAAAAAGUAGUUUAUUUUCACUUUGAUCACAUUUUUUUAGAGACUAAUCCCUAUCCACUUUGUUUUUACAUCUCCACAGUCUUUUUUUCCCAUCACCUUAUAUCAUAUUAAUUAAUGCUCAAAGUUGGAUAAUUGUUAUUUGAUUGUUGAAAAUACAAAAUUAUCAACAAACGUCCUGAGAAGGUCUUUUUCUUAUGUAAUGAGGAUGUUAUGAGGACUUUUUUGGAAAAAUAUGUUGCCAACAACGGCUUCAAUUUAUGCCCCAACAGCGGACCAUACAAACUGGCACUUACUGUUUAUAAACACUACAAAGAUAUUGUAACAAAAACAUAUUUUAUUAUUUUCCCAAUUGCACCUUUAAACU